AUGUGCGUUGACAGCUCGGGAAGUGCUCCACAACUCUGUGAAACGAUAUCCACAUCGCGUGCCAAGCAGCCCCAACCGUUUCGGGCAAUGCUGUACAUGCUUGGUGAGGAUGAGGACUGGUCCAGACAUGGAUUCAUACAGCAGCACAAUCGAGCCUGCGACGUGAAUUUCAUGAGAGACUUCCAGACUGAAGAUGGAAUGUUCCGUUGA